GGAGCUAUUGAGGAAGUGAUUCAGUAUCUUCUGAUGGAUUCGGCUUCCGUAGAUCAGGAAGUGAAUAAGACGAGACUUUGUCGAGCAGAAUACAGAUGUAUCAGCAGGUUCAUGGAGCAUCUCAGACCCACACGUCAGUGCAUGAAGAAACUCAAGACACAGUUUCCACAUCUUUCUCCGUCCACUCUUCUGAGCAUCUUCUCCCAGGAGUACCAGAAGAGAACGAAGCGCAGCAUGGCGAGGCAUCACGCUCCUGACGUCGUGAAGUCAUACUAUCAGUGGUACCGCAGCGAAGCCAAGACACGUCCCGCCGAUCCGCUUCUGCUGGAGCUGGCCAAUGAGGUGGAUAUGUCUCCGGCUCUUCUGGCUCGUAUGAUGGUGGAGUGUUUUAUGGAGGAGAGUGAAGCUUCAGUCCCCUCCAGACACGUCAUCAACAACACGCUGCGAGAGCCGGCUUUAAUUCCAGACCUGCUGCUAGCAAAACAUGUGGAACAGUGCACAGUAAAUGACUGUUGUUACGGGCCGCUGGUGGACUGCAUCAAACACGCUAUCGGUCUAGAGCACGAGGAGAUUCUUCGGGACAAGCUCAGAGAGCAACGGCUGUCGUUUUUAGACGAGAAUCAACUUCGUGCCAAAGGCUACGACAAGACCCCAGACAUUAUUCUGGAGGUGCCCAUCGCUGUUGAAGAUCACAUCGUUCACUGGAUUGAAAGCAAAGCGUCAUUUGGAGAUGAUCACAGUCAUCAGACUUACCUGAACGAACAAUUCUGGAGUUACUGCAACAGGUUUGGUCCGGGUCUGGUCAUCUACUGGUACGGUUUCAUAUCAGAACUGGACUGUCAGCGAGACCGAGGGAUUGUGCUGAAAGACUGCUUUCCAUCUGACAUCACACCCCUGUGCCAGCGCUUCACUUCUCCCUGACGCCCGCUGAGGCUGAUGGGAAGCUUUCACAGUGCCGUCGUGAGUGCUGGAUGACGCUGGGGAUGUGAAUCCGGAAGCAAUUUAGAUUUCCUGCAGCUCGAGUCCAGCGGCAAACAUGUGCUGUGAACUCCUGCUGAACUCCUGAGGGUCACAAUAAUACCCCUGCCCCCCCCAAACCCUGCCCGAGCUCGCUCUUAUAUCUUAUAUCAUAUUCCUGCUUCAUUGUUCUUCAUCGUGUGUUUGAGAAGUGUAUUAAAGUUGACUACGUUGCUUCAAGUUCGCCUCGUGUGUGGGGUUCUAUUUUGGACACAGAAGUUAUUUUCAGUUUUACUUCAGUCAAGCCCCAAACAGGCCAAACAUCACAUUCAGAUUGAGUUUAAGACUGUUGUGUAUUAUGCUGAGUGUCUGCUGUUACAUCGCACUGAAGUGUCUGAUGAUUUGUGAGCUCUAACCCUACAAACAGACCUUCAUACGGAGGAUCUCAGGUCAAGGAGGGGGUCACCGGGGGGCCGAGGUUUCCUCUGUUAGACCCCCACACACCUCACCAGGGCCCCAAACCCAGAACACAAUAAUUCCCGCUGAGACACAUGAACCUCUCUCAAACAGGGCUUUACUGCGGUAAAAACACCAGUACAGAGUUCAGUAGCAGGGUGUCCGCUGUGUCUUAAAAAGUAUUCAAAGUUGACCGAUCAAUCUAAAGGAAAUGAGGCCUUUUAAAAGUAUUAAAAAUCUUAAACGCCAUUUUCCAAGGUAUUUAAUGUUGUGUAUAAUCUUUUCAUAUUUGUCCGGAGAGGUCUUAUGCUAAAGCUUUAUUAAUAGUAAAGCUUAUGCUUUGCCUAAUCCUUGUGUAUGUGAAUAGUGGGCAAUACAUUUACAGCCGGUUGUUAAACAACAUCGUAGAUUAAUAGAGAAAUGCAAGUUUUCAUGCAAAUGUUUGGAGGAUAAAGAGCUGUAACUGUGGCUGAUGGUCGUAUCUGAGAAUAAUCAUGAGGUUUUACUGCUCUGUGUGUCUGAAGGAGAUUAGCGAAGCCUCGUUUCUCCUCCUAAUAAACCUUGCAUUGGGUUAGUCACUCCCCACCCUUCUGAAUGAUGUGGCUUUAAUAAGGAGUUAUCACAAACUAACACUGUUUAGCUCUGUUGUCUUACAAUCACUGUAUAGUAAAUGUAAGUUAAAGUGUCGAUAAUGACUGAUUAAAAGUUCUUAAAUUGUAUGAAUAGAGUCUUUAAAAAUGUGAAUUGAGCUCCAGUAGAUCUCCUGCAGGAGCAGGUCAAACGAGGUGAAGUCUGACCAAGUGCUUUCUCUUCUGAUCUCAUCAUCUGACGCCUCCACUUUUACAAUCGCACAAACUCAUUCAUGUGUAUCAUUACACGGUCAUCUUACAUAAAAUGUUCUCUCUAUGGAUGUGAAUGUAUCUAAAAACUCGACAGGUGGAUGUGAAAGUUUGUGGUGUCAGUAGCAGGAGUUUGAUGUUAAUGGCUCACAUCACAACAGUUCUGCUUCUCCUAAGAAUGAAUCCACUCAACAAGCUUCAUUCGCCAUCACAACAUGAU